AUGUUCAAGGCAUCAAUACAACGGCAAGCCCGAUUGGGCAAUGUCGCCCGUCGUCAGUUUUCUGCCUUGUCCCUGCAGCCUGUUCGCUCGCAGUCGCUGGUAGCAGCAUGCCAGAGAUCGUCGUCCCGAGCCACAUUACGCCUACUUCCCAUUAGACAGCUUUCCACGCGCUUCUACUCUUCCGAAUCUGCCGCCGAAGCGCAUGAAGAUGUCGACGGCGCCUCGUCUGAUUCGGGGCCCAUCACUCGCUUCGCCGACCUGGCCAAACUCGGUGUCAACCCGAAUCUUGUCAGGGCCCUCACCGAUGGCAUGAAAUACGAAAACAUGACUGAGGUUCAGUCAUUGACCAUCGCCCCCGCGAUCAAGGGAGUUGACCUCGUUGCGCAAGCAAAAACCGGCACAGGAAAGACAUUGGCUUUCCUGGUUCCCGUCUUCCAGCGUAUCUUGAUGCGUGAUCCGGAACUCAUCAACCGGCAGAACCGCAGUCGAGCCUCGUCCGAAGACAUUCGCGGUAUCAUCAUCUCACCGACCCGUGAACUUGCCGAACAGAUUGGUGUCGAGGCGAGGAAGCUGGCGCAGAACACCGGUAUCGUUGUCCAGACAGCUGUCGGUGGUACGAGAAAGCGAGAGUCUCUUUUCAGAAUGCAACGCGAGGGCUGUCAUAUCUUGGUUGCAACUCCCGGUCGACUGCAGGAUCUCCUGUCCGAUCGCGACGCUCACGUCUCCGCGCCGAAUAUUGGAGCCCUCGUUCUCGAUGAGGCCGACCGCAUGCUGGAUGUUGGAUUCGCCGACGAUAUUCGCAACGUCAUCGAUAUGCUCCCACCCCGAGAAAAGGUUGAUCGGCAAACUUUGUUGUUCUCUGCGACCAUCCCCCGGGAUGUUGUCCACCUUGCCAAGAGCAUGGUUAAGACGGACAACUUCGAGUUCGUUCAGACCAUCAGGGCAGAUGAUACUCCAACCCAUGAGAAAGUGCCCCAACACCUCGUACCCGUCCAGGGUUAUGAGAACUGGUUCCCAUCCAUCAUGGAAAUUGCAGCCAACGCCAUGCAGAAGCAUAAAAACGACCCUUCCGCUCCUCCAUUCAAGGCCAUCGUCUUCUUCUCGAACACGGCCACCGUCGAGUUUGCCUACGCUGUCUUUAGAGAUACCUGGCUAUCGGGUCGAACUUGUCCCAUCUUCGACAUCCACUCAAGGCUCACGCAAGCCCAGCGCACGAGAAGCGCUGAAAUGUUCCGUCGCGCAGACUCUGGUAUUCUCUUCUCGUCAGACGUUACAGCAAGAGGAAUGGACUUUCCCAAUGUGACACAUGUCAUUCAGGUCGGUCUCCCACCUGACCGAGAUCAAUACAUCCAUCGGGUUGGCCGCACAGGCCGUGCUGGUCAUGCCGGAGAGGGAUGGUUGAUUCUUGCGGAAGAGGAAAUCCGAGAGGCUCGUGCUCGUCUUCCAGGUUUACCCAUCAAACCGAACCACAGCAUCGCAUCUGCCAAGCACGUCGUAGGGACAGAAGCGCCGUCGGACGCUGUCGCCGGCUACUUUGAAGAGCUGCGGGCAGCAUACGGAAAACAGUACAAGUCUAAAUUCGGCGCCGCGUAUCGUGCUAUGCUGGGCCAGAAGUUCGGCAGAAACCUGCAGGCCGAAGAUGUAAUCGGACUGCUAAACGGGUGGAGCAGGAACGGCCUAGGCUGGGAGGAGCCGCCCGCUAUUCCCCCAAAGGUCGUACAGAACCGCGGGUUGAGCAGAGUAGCUGGAAUUCGCAUCGGAUACGAUAACGACGAGGAGCCCAGAGGCAACAGCUUUGGUUCCAACUUCGGUGACCGAAGGGGUGGUGGACGCGGCGGCGGCGGUUCGUUUGGUGGACGAGGUGGUGGCAGCUCAUUCGGUGGUGGACGAGGAGGUGGCGGCAACUCGUUUGAGGACCGAUUCGGCUCACGGGGUGGUGGCGGUGGCUCUAACUUCCGUUCAAGAUCCGCGUUCUAA